AUGUCUUAUCCAUCAUUGCAGAGAGUAAAGACUUGUGUAAAGAAAGACAACUGCAAUCCUGUUUGGAAUGAAGAGUUAACUCUUUCCAUAAAGGAUCCAAAUGUUCCAAUCAAACUAGCAGUGUUUGACAAAGACACAUUUACUGAAGAUGACACAAUGGGUGAGGCAGAGAUAGACAUCAAACCAUACCUUGAUUGUCUGAAUAUGGGAGUGCAAGGCAGCCUCCCAACUGGUACUAAGGUCGGUAGAGUUCAGCCAAACAGCGAAAAUUGCCUAGCUGAUGAGAGCUGUAUUGUCUGGAACAGUGGUAAGAUCAUUCAGGACAUGCGUCUCAGAUUGAGAAGCACAGAAUGUGGUGAAGUAGAGGUCCAGAUUGAGUGGAUUGGACUUCCAGGUCUUCAGAGUUGAGAAACGUCGCCAGCUCUCGAAUAUUAUAUGACGAAAAUUGACAAGAGUUGAAAAAUGAGAAGAUCCGAAUCCUGUCCGAAAUAUGAGACUCGUCGAAAAUUAGAUUCGUCGUCCUUAUGACGGCACCGGAAGCCAGUAAUAGAGAGUCGUCGACCUUAUUGUACUGGUUUAUAUGAUUGAUGAGGGGCUCUGCUUUCAGCCGAACGAUCAGCCCAAAUUCUCCUCCACUUUCAGUCUCGACGAGGGAGGGAGGGAGAUGUCUAAGGUUCAGCUUGUGGUGGUCCUGAUACUUUCGGCUUUCAUGCCCAUGUUUCAGCUACAGGUUGGUAUUCUGCUUCUUCUCUAUCUCCUUUUUC